CGGUGAUUUACUGCUGCUAUAUAUAGAAGCCCGUUAAACGAAAGCUUCAACUAUUCCAAACAGAACCAUUUGAACAAUCUGGACGUUUAACUCUUGCGCUACCAAUUUCUAGUUUCAGCCGUUCGAGUGUUUUGGUCUCGCUCAUGUUACUGCUAAUUAUUUCAGAUCUUCAUAACUUGGUUUAAGUAUAUUCUAUUCGUUCACUCACUCUGUUUUCCGCAUUCUCCAGCACACUGCGUCGCUUCAAACAAGACGCAAAAUUACCAGACGUUAAAUGUCAUAAUGCCAAUAAAUCUGCCUCACAUCUUACAUCAAAUUGAAGAAGCAUGUAAAGCAUCCUCAUCUAACCAAAAACUUUGUCGCUUGGUCGCAGUUUCGAAAGAAAAACCUAUUAAGUCUAUUAUAGAAGCUUAUAAUUUUGGACAAAGACAUUUUGGAGAGAACAAGAUUGUUCAUUUGUAUGACAAGAGUUACUCACCUGAGUUAAUUAAGUCUUGUCCGGAUAUUAAGUGGCACUUCAUAGGCCGGAUUCAAUCCAAUAAAAUAAAAAAGCUUGCCGGAGUUAACAAUCUACACAUGGUAGAAACUGUGGACUCAAUGGACCAUGCUGAGAUUCUUAAUUUAUCAUGGGGGUUAAACCAUCAGAUCCCUCUAAACAUAAUGAUUCAGGUGAACACAAGUGGAGAGCCUCAGAAGAGUGGCAUCAAACCCACUGAAGUUAAUAAUCUGUACAAUCAAAUUGAAGCAAAAUGCCCUCACUUAAAAGUCGUUGGUCUUAUGUGCAUUGGAAAAGAAGGAGUAGAUAUCAAUUCAGGUCCAAAUCCGGACUUUGUGGUUAGUAUUUUGGUUAACUUAUAUUUCAGAAACUUGUACAAUGCAGAGAGUUACUGGCCUCUUCUUUGGGAAAUCGCCGUUGGAUUUUGAACUAAGUAUGGGAAUGUCUCACGAUUUUGAGCAGGCUAUACGACUUGGAAGCACUAACGUCCGCAUAGGAACGGCAAUAUUUGGGCAGCGAGACUCGAAAUAUGUACCCAGACAGGAUACCUCUGCAAACAAUCAAACUCCCAUUUGAUAUUCUAUCAGUUUUGUUAAAACUGUCAUUAUUUGGCGUUCAUCACUUCACGUAUAGUAGCCAGUUUUUUGCAUAUUGUUGAACUCGUUUUGUUCCAUAAAUAUUUUUUGAACUACUUAGUUAAUAAAGAAAUGAUACAAAUUUAA